CGCAGUGGAGAGGGUCGGUUCGCUAUUAAAGCCGCGGGUAGACGCGCAGUGCCAACAGACAAUUUUGUGCUGGAAUACCGGAGACCCGAACGACAGUGAGACGGAAAAACAACAUAUGGAUUGAAGCACACACUUCACAUCCGGGCUACUAACCACUUAACGGUGCAAUUGCACGUCUCUCCCAGACCCCGCCGAGAGAUGUGGCUGCUGGAAAAGAUCCGCGGUUCAGUGGAGGGAAAAGUUCUCCGACAUGGAGACUCGGCUGACAAACAGAGCAAAGCCCCCGCCUACUGCAACGUCCUCACCCCUGACAAGAUUCCUGACUUCUUUAUUCCACCCAAAUUGGUGUGCUGCCCCCCAGAAGAGGAGACGCCGGAGAUGAAGCCAAAAAACGGGCUCCAUUCUUCCACAUCCGACCAGACCAUAUGCUGCAAGGCGCCACAGGCCAGUCUGCGCAGCCCACGCCUCAUUAAGAAGCUGGCUGGAGACACCAAGAACUUGCUCAAAGCUGCAAACCGCCACAUUAUCCAGAUUGAAAGCGCAGAUGAGUUGGUGGUCGGGGAGGUGGGCGACCUCAACACAAAUGCAGACCCCCAGUCCCAAACGGCCAUGUCCUUGCCCUACGUACCCAAAGCACAAACCUCCUACGGUUUCGCCACACUCAUGGAAAGUCCUCACACGAGGCGUAAAGAGUCCCUCUUCCAUAGCGACCCCACAAGUCCGCUCACCUCGCCCAACACCCAACGCAAGUCGCAGGGCAACCACUUAAACCCCAGCGACUGUAACGCCUCCCAUUCCAACCCCUACCGGUACUUCAGUGGGGGAGAAAGUGACACUUGCUCCUCAGCUGAGUCCUCCCCGUUCAACUCCCCUCUGUUAUCCCGUUCCGCAUCCCUCCUCAAGAUUUUUACCCACGAAACCCAAGCCAAGGUGUCCAGGGCCAAGCGUUCCUUAGCCCGGCACAGUUCUCUCUCGACAGACGAGUGCAGCUCUGUGGAGACCAGCCCGAACAUUCAGAGGCGCUUACGUUGCCCUCCUUCUCCAGCCUUCCGAGGACGGAAAUACGGAGCCAACAUGGAUCGCUUCACACAGCACACUGUCAACCUCCACAAGGGUGGAACUCUACGCAUCUGCACAGACUACGACAUUGACGCCACCAGGCUUCAUGUCCGUGUCUUGGCGGCCGAGGAGCUCUACGAUAAACAGUACGAUGUGAAAGCCAUCAAUUGUUGCGUGGCUUUGUACCUGAACCCGGGAAAGCUCCAGAAACAACGGAGCACCAUUAUCAAGAACAGCCGCAACCCCGUCUUCAACGAGGACUUUUACUUUGACUCCCUUCCUGUUGCACAGGUGAAAAACCUUGCCAUCAAGAUGAAGGUAGUCAACAAGGGUACCAGUCUGAAGAGAAAUACCUUACUGGGAGAGAGGGAGGUACCCCUGAAGGAGUUGCUUUCUGGGAUCUAGAGGUCAGACUUCAUCUCCCACCAUGGGGCAAACACACCAGUCCAGUCUUCAGCUAACAGAACCAGAGAAGGAAAUAUUCCAGCUCUGAUUUUGAGUCCUCAAGAGUGGUUGGUCCCUUUGGUUGCAAAACUCUCCAACUAACUGUGUGCAGCUUCCUACCAUGUUUACCAGCAGUGAGAGUGUAUGGAUGUACUGUAUGUGUGAGAACUUCUGUAUGUACAGCCCAUGAGUUUAAAGGCAUGCUUUGAUUGUAUGAGUUCCCAGGUUCGUGUUUGUUUUGAGAUAAAUGUCUUCUUGAUUCCAGACCCUGCUGGGUCUCACUGUUGGAGACACCAAUAGAUAAAAACAGCACCCCAUGCAAAUGACGUAUCUCGACAACAACAACACAUUCUUGUAGACUGACAUUUUGAAGUCACUUAAGGCCAGAUGCAAAUGCAUGCUUCAUCAACCUUAAAAAUGACGAGAGUGACAAAUACAUACAUAUAUAUAUAUUUCCUCGUAUUGCUAUAAUAACAGUGUUUCACCUUAUGCCUCUCUAAUUCCACUAUUUAGGGUUUCAGACUGAGGCAUUUCUGUCAAUCUCACUUAUUUCUCUUUUCUUUUUGAACGCUGAAUCUGUGCAGUUAAAAACACCCUUCAGCCUUACUGAGUGACAAGCUCCUCACUUUGAGUGACACGGAACUUCAGAGAGGGAGUGAUUCAUGAUUGGACAGAACAUAUGACAUCAUCAUGAAUGUCAAGACAAUGUGAUUUCUGUAAAUAGAAGGCUCUUUUAAAUCUGCUUCUGAGUAGCUGCACCUGAAUUCACUCCCUAUUCCCUAUACAAUGUUGACUAAAUAUUGCACAGUUUCGAGAAAGAGUUCAAAUACUACAGGCAAGUGCCAAAAAUUAACAUGGUAUUACCACAUUUUUUGGACAUGCCUGUGAAAAUGCCAUGCCAUUUUUUGCAGUAACUUGGACUGGCAUGGGUUCUUGAGUAUGUACUGUAGUAAUCUCAUAGUUUUGAUUAUUUAUAUGAAUAUAAAAAGUAUUGUAGUAUUACAAUACCUGAUCUGAUACCAUUGCUUUACCAUCAACGUUUUUGGGCCAUGUACUGUGGAAAUACCUUGCUUUUGGACAAGUACCAUGCUAAUACCAUGCCAUUCUUUGGACAUGCAACCUGUAUGUAUCAUUGUAUUCUUUGAAUUGCCAUGAAACUUAUUGCUUUACCAAGGUACUGCUUUUGUAAGGGAUAUACAAGUAACCAAAAGUUGCACAGGUUAAACUGUUAUAUAGAGGCUAUGCUAAUAUACACAAUGCUUACAAAGAAGUUUCUUCAGAACACAAAUGUAAGUGUUUAUGUUUGUUUACGGAGUCCAGUAGUGCCAUUUUAGCUUCAGUCUCAGGUUUGGGAACUUUAUUUUUAUAUGUGUGCACUUUAAUAGAUUACAUUUUUGAUUUGCAACAGUUUAUGGUGCAUUGUGGGUAUUGUUUAGUAAAGUAUAAAAUUGUUCAAUAAGAUGUGGUACAUCCCCCAGUAAAUAUGGACUUUCUUCAUACAACUUUUAAGUUCAGAAAGUGUUCAGAUUCUUCUUCUUCUAUUGAAUACGUGCACAGAGUUUUGGCAUGUUAAUAGUAGAUGUGUUUGUAGAUGUUUUCCAAUGGGAGCAGUUGCAUGGCAAAGUGUUCAAGCCCUCAUGUUUUCAUUUCUAUUGUUAUUAAGUUAGAUGGUGAACAUGUAAGAUAUAAGCUCACAUCAUUUCUUCACGUCAUUCCCUGUGCUGGAUCCACAUCACUACCACUAUUUAGUAUUGAUACUCAUUUUUAUGACAGAACAUAACAGUGACUGCCCGUUUUGUAUAUGUAUUUUUCUUAUUCAUUUUCUCCACUAGUAUUUUGAGGAAAAAAGGUGUUAUGAAAAUAACAGGCCUUAAAGGGUUUAUAUCAAAUCUAAAAAACUGAAAAUGAAUUGGAUUUUCACCUCAGCCUACGGUUCUAUUUUAAUACUGUUGAUUAAAUCCAAGUCAGAUAAAUUUGGGCAUUACAAUUAGCCUUGUGUAAGACACUGUAAUGCGUCAUCUGUGGCAAGCUCUUUGUUUGACCUAAAGAGUGUCCUGUAAUGUUCCUAAGAGCUCUUCAAUCAGGUUACCGCACUCUUCGGUUCUUGAGUGGAUUCACACAAUUGCACAACUAUUAGAAGUGAGACAGAUUGUCUCUCAGAUCUGGCUUCAGUUCAAGGCAACACAUCUGUGUGUUUUUGAUGAAUCAUUUGCAUAUUCUUAAGGGUGAAGUGUGUAAUUUAUGUUGCACAUGUGACACCAAAUGAAAUUGCUACUAGUUUUCAUGAUUUCUACUGGAACGUAGAGUUCCUUGUGCAAAAGUUGCUAAGGGAUUGUUGGUUGCCACCUCUGAAAAUUGUUUUGGUGGAAGCUUAUAAACAGGUUUUUUUGUUCUUUUUACCCCAUUUCUUUUGGAAAAACAUGCAGAUGAAUCAUGCACAAUAAAAUUGCAGUCGCAGUAGCGAAAUAUCAGCCAAAUUUUGCAUGCAAAAAUAGAUCCAUUGUCUAUUGUCAAUAGUGUAGUGAUGCAUGAAGCACAGCUCACUUUCAAACCAAGUAUCAUUCUGUUGGUCAUUGAGACAAAUCUGUGCGAUCAACUUGAACCCAUUGUGAAAUCUGCAUGGGGAAAACAUUGUGAAAAAUGUUUAAUUUUUCAAAAUGUUUUAACUUCAUCUUGACCUUGAAUUUUAGAUUACCUUUCAUGAUAUAUCAUGCAGCAAAUGUUUGAAUGAUACGUUUUAGUGCUUUCCCUUUAAAUGCAGUGAUUUAAUUGAUGAAUUUGUUCUUUUUUAAAAGCUUUUCCAUUUUCCAUCAUCUUUCUUCCUUCAUGAAAGCACUUGCAAGUCACAUUCACGAAGCUAAAAACAUUUAUUAUUAAAGGGGGGGGGGGGAAUGGCCUGCAAAUACACUCUGGAAAUGAAUCACACCAUAUGUGCUUUGUGAGAUUUUUUUCCCUACUGUAUACUUCCAGGGUACAAAUAUUAAUUUAUUAAAUUAUUUCCAUUUCCUGUAGGAGACCAAGCUCUUUUUGCUUUUUUUGAUUAGCAGAGAAUUCAAAUUAGAAGAAAUAGAUUCCAGAAGGGAUUCAAUAUGGGGGGUGUCAUAUCAUAUUCAUUUUCGUAACCAUCUUCCUGUAUGUGAGAUUAAAGUGUCUCGCAAAUCAUGGAAAAUGAAGUGCCUAUCCACUGUACUUGAUUCCCGUUUCUUCCCUGAGCCCGUCACCAGCCGCAGUGUUCCUAUGCAUGUGUAUAUAAACACCCCUCACCUGUGAUGUGCCGUUUCAAACACAGAAAUAGUGUGGUGUUUUAGCUUGUUAUUCUGAAGGUGGAUGUGGUUUUAAUUAGAUGCACUGUUGUCAAGACGUUUGUUUUAGUUUGUUUGUAUUAUCUUAUUUCCAGUGGUUCAUUUUCUAUCUGUAUCUCUUCCUCUUUUCCAGAUUGAUUUUCUAUUCAUAAGUUUACUGGAUCAUGCUAUUGAUAUUUUCUUGCUCAAUAAAAGUUGU